AUGCUCCAGGAGGCAAAAGGUGACAAGACGAAACUUGAUCAUAUCAUGGAGGAUGUGGCUGCUGUGAUUUCUGCCCGCCACAUUACGGGAAACCCGCCCCUUGUUGUCAAGCUAAAACGCUCUACUGGCGGUAACAUGGUAACAUCAUACAUGCUGUUCAUCUGCCUCGGGCAGAAUAAAGAUGCAAGCCACGCUUCGCCUUCCAGCCUACCGCCCAUGAUCUGGUGUGUCGAUGGCGUAACCAUAGGUAAUGACAGCGAUAGGCUGAUAUUCAUCUUUGACCCCGCGAGGAUGUAUGCACCUGGAGGUGGGUAG